CAAGCUACAAUUUCAUGAGAGAACGAGUUUGGACGCGUAGAGUGAAGCAGAUAUUCUCUCUUUCUUUCCUGCUUCGGAUUUCUCAAUGUUACAGUUUUAUUGAUUCUUGGAUGGCGGAAUCAAAUAAUCAAUUGCGGGGAGACUAAUCUGGGGCAGAAGGAGGGUAUUUUCGGCAUUUCAUCUCUGUCUCUCUCUGUUGUUUUUUCAUUUUCAGAUGUUUUUUAUCGCUCUGCCUUUGUACUUGAAUUUGUAAUAUCCAGUGCCACGACGGAAUACAUGGGUGGAUUUGAUGAUCAUGCUCGCAUGAUGGGAGAUUGGAUGCCUGCUAGUCCAAGUCCCAGGGCAUUUUUCUCUUCAAUCCUAGGUGUUGAUCAUGGGUCAAGGUCAACUACUGACCUGAAGGAUGAAAAUAAACCUGGAGCUCCUAUUUCAGACCCCGAAGGGCAUGCAUCGUCUAGUUAUAGUGAUUUGAAGAGCACCACCCAAGCUGGUGAGCAAGGAGUUAUGUUGAGUUCAUUCUCUGAGCAGAAAGUGAGUUGCCGUGGAGGUCUAUUGGAAAGAAUCGCAGCUAGGGCUGGAUUCAAUGCCCCAAGGCUAAACACGGAAAGUAUUCGUCCUGCUGAUCAUUCACAGACCCAAGCAGUUCGGUCUCCUUACUUGACAAUUCCUUCUGGUCUCAGUCCAACUACCCUGCUAGAUUCUCCUGUUUUUGUCUCAAAUUCACUGGUACAACCAUCUCCGACGACAGGAAAAUUUUCAUUUCCCUCAUCAGGUGAUAUUCCGAAUUCAGCAUUCUUUAGGGAGGCUCCUGAUCAAAGGAAAGACAGAUCAUUUGACAACAAUGAUACGUCCUCCUUCACCUUCAAGCCAAUCAUGCCAACUGGGGCUUCCAUAUUUCCUGGCACAUCUAACAAAUUACAGGUACCUCCAUCCAGUUUAGUACAUCAAUCUUUUCCCAGUCUUCAGAGUUCAGUCCAAUCAGAAAGCUCUCAUGUCCCCCCAAAUGUAGAGACUCAAGUAUAUUCUCAGAAUGGAACAUUCAAACAGCAUAGUUUCUCCAGAUCACCUACUGAGAAACAUAAUGGGUGUCAUGAUGCCACACCUCAGUCAAUAACUCUUAAUAUAGGUGCAGGCAGCAUAGAGCAUUCUUCCCUUCCCGAUGAGCCGCAAUAUGAGGAUACUGAUCAAAAAGGGUUUGGAGAUCCUAACAUUCUUGGUGGGUCCCCAGCCGAGGAUGGUUAUAAUUGGAGAAAAUAUGGGCAGAAACAAGUGAAAGGAAGUGAGUAUCCACGGAGUUACUACAAGUGCACCCAUACAAACUGUCCAGUCAAGAAGAAAGUGGAGCAGUCUCAAGAGGGUCACAUUACAGAGAUAAUCUACAAAGGAGCCCACAAUCACCCAAAACCGAAUAGAAGAUCUGCACUUGGAUCCUCAAACGGACUCAGCGACAUGCAAAUAGAAAAUACAACAGAACAAACUAGAAGCGGAGGUAAUUGUGAUUUGCUUGGUUGGAGGAAUGACAAUCUUGAAGCAACAACAUCUGCACCUUUGGGCUCAGAAAAUUGCAACGGGUCUUCACUACAGGCCCUGAAUGGCACCCAGUUUGAAUCAGGUGAUCCAGUAGACAAGUCUUCUACUUUUUCAAAUGAUGAAGAUGAAGAUGACCGUGGAACACAUGGAAGUGUAUCACUCGGUUAUGAUGGUGGCGAAGGGGAUGAGUCUGAUUCAAAAAGAAGGAAGGUUGAGACUUAUGCAUCUGACGUGACUGGGGCAACCAGAGCCAUCAGAGAGCCCAGAGUGGUGGUACAGACUACCAGUGAGGUGGACAUACUUGAUGAUGGGUAUCGUUGGCGUAAGUACGGGCAAAAGGUUGUCAAGGGGAAUCCAAAUCCAAGGAGUUACUACAAGUGCACAAGUGCUGGUUGCACUGUCAGGAAACAUGUGGAGAGGGCUUGUCAUGAUCUCAAGUCAGUGAUAACCACCUACGAAGGGAAGCACAACCAUGAUGUUCCUGCGGCACGCAACAGCAGUCAUGUUAAUUCUGGAGUUUCAAACAGCAUACCCUCACAUGCAACUCCUCCCACCCAAGCCCAUUUGCACAGGCCCACCCCCUCGCAACUCCAUAACACCAUGCCAAGGUUUGAAGUGCCCUUUUCGCUGGCUUCAUUCGGGCUGCCCGGGAGGACACAACCAGGUGCUACCCCAGGUUUUGGUCUUGGGAUAAACCCUCAAGGCUUAACCAAUAUGGUAAUGGCCAGAUUUGGAGCUAACCAAGGAAAAUUUCUUGGUCUUCCUGUUCAUCCAUAUCUUGGACAACAACAUCCAGGGAAUGAAAUGAGCUUCAUGCUCUCCAAGGGAGAGCCAAAGGUGGAGCCUGUCUCUGACCCCCACGUCUUGAACAUCUCUAAUAACUCUUCAGUUUCUCAACAAGUCAUGAGUGGGUUAUCCCUUGGACCUCAUAUGUAAGUUAACAAUCUUUGGCUCUCAAAUGAGAAGAAAUGUUGAGUAUAUCAAAUUGUGCUUUCCUAUUUAUUUGGUUAUAUAGAGCAUUCUUUGUCCCUUU